AUGUUAUAUGCUGGACUCAGAACGAUAUCAAGAAAUUUUACUACCAAAAAGAAAUCGGCAAAAAUGGUUGUCCGGCAUCACGUUGAAGGUUAUGAAAAUUUUUUAAAAUUUGUAGAAGCUUUCCCGAAAGAUAAUAUUGUCCACGUAUUAUACAGUGGUAGCAAACUACCUAACGGAACCAGUUGGUGCCCUGACUGCGUCGAAGCGGAGCCGUUCAUUCAAAAGGGCCUUGAAGCUGCUCCAGAAAAUUCUCACUUCAUUUAUGUUGAAGUCGGAGAUAGACCUUUUUGGAAAGACCUAAAAUGCCCUUUUCGAACAGACAGUAGAACAAAACUGCAACUAUUACCAACCCUGGCCCGAUGGGGAACUCAGAAGCGACUGGAAGGUGAUCAAUGUCUAGAUGUAGAACUCGUAGAGAUGUUGGUCACAGACGACGAUGAAUAAACUAUCCAGUAAUGUAUGUUUAACAACAAGCUACCAACGUUCAAUUAUCGUCACAAUUUAUCCUUUAAAAAAGUUAUUGAUACAGUUAUUCAAUGUUAACUAUCAAUGAAUUUGGCCUUGUGGCCAAUACCUAGGAAGCUAGUCAUCUAGAAUGGUAUCAACUUUAAUUUGUAACGAUAUUUGUUCAUUAUCUAUAUUUCUAUAGCUUUGAAUCAAAGACAAAAGAGAAUAUUGGGGUAACUAUAGAUACAUUCAUUUAUUGAUAUAUUUAUACGUUUACACAAAUAACAAAUAUUUCCUACUGUAAAAAACUUGAACUCAAUCACAGAUCACCAAAUAAAAGAACAGAAAAAAACAACAGCAAAAUUAAUUACAGAAGUUAUAAAAUGAUAUAUGAAAAUAUAAAAGAUGGGUAAUUAUUUACAACAUGGAUAUUUUGUUCUUGAAGUCACGGGUGAAUAAACCACACAUUCUCCAGGG